AUGAAUAUUACAUUAAAAGAAUUUAUAUCGCGGAAAUGUCGAAAGAAGGUUAUUUCUUUGGAAUCAUAUGGUGAGGAAGAAAAAGAAGUAGAAGAUAUCGAAGAGGAAGAAAGUGAAAUAAUAGAGAAAUUAGCUUUUGAAGAUAUUCUUGCUGAUAAACGUCGUAAAUACAGCGUUAAAGAAGAAUUCAUUUACCUCCUUUACAAUGACAUUUUGAAAUAUUUUGUAAUAGAGUGGGAUGGUAAGUAUUUAAGAAAACCUGAGAAGAUAUUGGAAGUUGAUUCUAGAAGUUCAUAUUGUAAGGAAGAUAUUGGUAAAGGACGAGAUCACAAAGCUGCAAAUGAAUUAGAAGAAAACAAUAAUAAUUCCAAAGAGUAUAAUAACGAUACAGAUAAAUCAAACUCUAUUUCGUCCUGGAAAUUAACAUUGCCUGAUGAAUUUGCAAAUAUAAGGUUCAUUAGUAAUAAUACGUACAGUGGUCGUAUUAGUAGAAAAAUGAUGGAAGGUGAAGGCGUAUAUAGAUGGUCCAAUGGUGUUCAAUACAAAGGAGAAUUCGAACAAAAUCUUAUGCACGGCAAAGGUUUACUAGAAUGGAACAAUGUUUGUUGGUAUGAAGGUGAUUUUAUGAAUGGCUAUCGACAUGGUAGAGGAAUUAUGGUGGAUGGGGAAAAUCGUUACAUGUAUACUGGCCAGUGGUAUAUGGGUCAAAGACAUGGAAAAGGUUACUCUCGUUACCGUGACAAUGGUUCAUACGAUGGCGAUUGGGUAAUGAACGAAAUGAACGGAAUUGGAUUACGAAUUUAUCCAAGCGGUGCUCGUUAUGUGGGUCAGUGGAAAAAUGGCAUACGCGACGGAAUCGGUACUAUGGUCUGGUCUAAUGGAAAUCUUUAUCGUGGGGGAUGGAAAUGCGGUGCAAUGAAUGGAUAUGGAGAAUACGUAUGGAAUGGAUUUUUUAAUAAAACGUUUACUUGGCCACAAGAAGCAUCAUACAAAGGUUAUUGGCGUCAUGGAAUGCGUCAUGGCGAAGGAAGUAACGGGGAAAAGUUCGAGUCUGAUCCAUUAUUUUUAAAUGACAUUUUGCACGCUUCUAACGUCGUGAUCGAUAAUUUAGAAAAUGAAAUAGAAACAAAGGAUGAAAAAGAAUGCGCGUGUACAGUCAAAGAAAUAAAACCAUUAUUUAUUGAGAAACCUGACCAAUUAACAGAAACCUUGGCAACUCCUAUUCUGAAACCAGAACAGUUUCUACAUUUAUUUUAUUAUAUAGCUCGUCUACUAGAUCCAAAGAGUUUGGAACUAUCUCCUGUACUUUCGACUUCAUCUGGAAAAUGUUACAGUUGUGAAAACGAAUCCUGUUCUUGUUUGACACAUUCAGUUUCAAUCGAUACAAUUACAAGUGAACAGAAUGAUGUUUCGCAAACAAAUGUAUCUAAAGAGAUGAUAGACUCUAAUUGGAAAUAUGAAGAACGCUGGACAUACAAUUGUUUAAUGUUUCAUAUGUUUCGUUUACGUCAAAUUUACAAUGAUUAUGCGAAAUUAUUUGCCAAGUCAGCGCCAAAAUGCAAUCUUGCAAUGAGUAGAUUGUGUUUAUGGCAGUUAUGGAGGGAUUGUGGCAUUCAUGAAAAAGGAUUUAGCCUCGUUGAAAUUGAUAAUUAUAUUGCAAAAAAUGAAACUACUGGGAUAAAAGAUCCUCAUUAUCCAUUCGAAAAGAUUGAAAUCUGGCAAUUUUUACAUGCGUUGUUAGAAGCUUCAUGGCAUUUGUAUACUAAACAGAACGACAUAGAAAUUGAAGAAAUGAAUGGAAAACUCGCCGGAAGUUUGCACAGAUUUUUAAAAAAUGAUGUAUACCCUCAUGCUGGCAAUCAUAUUGGUAAUUUAUGCCACGAGAAUCAGGAUUUACUGCCUAUGUACUGUGUCUUUGAAUUGUAUCGACAAAUUGGAUAUCCACCUUCUGCGAGAGAUCUUCUUCGAGUAACGUGCGUUUCAAAAGCUAAUGAAUUAUUGAUCUUUGGACAACUAGGAAUUUCAAAGAUGACAGAAAUUAUGACGCUAAUAUGCCCUGGAAUAAAAGACACAAGCAGUGGUAUAAUUAUAAAUAUGGAUUAUAAGCUAACUUUUCUUGAAUUCUAUGAAAUAAUACUAGAGGCAACAAAGGAGUUACUCUCUUUAAAAAAGAAGAUCGUGAAAUUAUUGCAUAGGAAAAAGAUUGGUGAAGAAAUAGCUUCAUUCAAAACCAAUAAUUCACAAAGAAGAGAUGAUUCUAAAGUUAGUGAACAGUUUUCGAUUAAGAAGAAUUCUAAAAUCAAGAAAAAAAACUAAUAUAAUUUGUUAAGAUAAUAAUAAAAUCUAGUUUCAUUUCUGUCGUGCGGAUCAUAUUAAACUUCUAAUUUACUUCACACUGAACAUUCGAAACGAUCAGAAUUAUGUUAAACAAAAUUGAGCAAUUCUUACUGCAUUUUUAGUUUAAACAUAUUCAUAGUAUGCAAAAUUGCAAUUAAACUAAAAGAUACCAAGAAAUAACAAUUAAUAAAUUAGAAUUUCAUGGGUAUGUUUUUAGAUUUAA